GUGGAUGCGCGGGAAAGGAGCAAACGUUAAAAUGGCUUCUCCGAAAACUGUUCCUAAAGAUGCACAGGUAGGAAUUAACCGCCUAGUUAAGAUUUGUGAAAUGUCAUAGUCUCAAUCGUUCACAGUGUUGAUGGGUGUUUAGUUAAAUAUCUAUUGUGGCUUUGUCUGAAGUUUCUAAGUAGAUUUUUGCUGGAUUGUCAGCUCAAAAUCUCGCUAGGUAACGUUAGCUUGCAAGCUAGGUAGCUAGGCAGUUAUUUCUCUUUAAGCUAGCUAACGUUAGAACUAGAACAGAAGUAUUUAUUUUUCAAAGUGCAUUUGUAGAGGGUGCUGUCCAGAAAUAUAACUCCAUAUCAUUCUAUUUGGAUGCUUUUGCAUAAUGCAUCUACUUGCCUAUUGUAUUGCUGGAAAUGGUAACUAGCUAGUUAACGUUAACUUGUUAUUUUUUAUUUGUUGUAUUUAACCUUUAUUUAACCAGGUAAGCCAGUUGAGAACAAGUUCUCAUUUACAACUGCGACAUGGCCAAGAUAAAAGCAAAGCAGUGCGAUUAAAAACAACAACAACACAGAGUUACAUAUGGAAUAAACAAAACGUACAGUCAAUAACACAAUAGAAAAUAUAUAUACAGUGUGUGCAAAUGUAGUAAGUUAUGGAGGUAAGGCAAUAAAUUGGCCAUAGUGCAAAAUAAUUACAUUUAGUAUUAACACUGGAGUGAUAGAUGUGCAGAAGUUGAUGUGCAAAUAGAGAUACUGGGGUGCAAGUGAGCAAAAUAAAUAACUAUGUAAAUAACAAUAUAAGGAUGAGGUAGUUGGGUGGACUAAUUACAGAUGGGCUGUGUACAGGUGCAGUGAUCGGUAAGCUGCUCUGACAACUGAUGCUUAAAGUUAGUGAGGGAGAUAAGUGUCUCCAGCUUCAGAGAUUGUUGCAGUUCGUUCCAGUCAUUUGCAGCAGAGAACUGGAAGGAAUGGAGGCCAAAGGAGGUGUUGGCUUUGGGGAUGACCAGUGAGAUAUACCUGCUGGAACGCAUACUACGGGUGGGUGUUGUGAUGGUGACCAAUGAGCUAAGAUAAGGCAGGAUUUGCCUAGAAGUGAUUUAUAGAUGACCUAGAGCCAGUGGGUUUGGCAACGAGUAUGUAGUGAGGCCCAGCCAACGAGAGCGUACAGGUCACAAUGGUGGGUAGUAUAUGGGGCUUUGGUGACAAAACGGAUGGCACUGUGAUAGACUACAUCCAAUUUGCUGAGUAGUGUUGGAAGCUAUUUUGUAAAUGACAUCGCUGAAGUCAAGGAUGUAGUCCCGUGUAGCUCAGUUGGUAGAGCAUGGAGCUUGAAACACCAGGGUUGUGGGUUCGAUUCUCAGUAUGAAAAAAGUAUGACAAAAAAAAAUUUAUGCACUCACUAACUGUAAGUCGCUCUGGAUAAGAGCGUCUGCUAAAUGACUAAUGUAAUGUAAAACGAUCGGUAGGAUAGUCAGUUUUACGAGGGCAUGUUUAGCAGCAUGAGUGAAGGAGGCUUUGUUGCGAAAUAGGAAGCCGAUUCUAGAUUUAACUUUGGAUUGGAGAGGCUUAAUGUGAGUCUGGAAGGAGAGUUUACGGUCUAACCAGACACCUAGGUAUUUGUAGUUGUCCACAUAUUUUAAGUCAGACCCGUCGAGAGUAGUGAUUCUAGUCGGGCGGGUGGGUGCAAGCAGCGUUCGAUUGAAGAGCAUGCAUUUAGUUUUACUAGCAUUUAAGAGCAGUUGGAGGCUACGGAAGGAAUGUUGUAUGGCAUUGAAGCUCGUUUGGAGGAUUGUUAACAGUGUCCAAUGAAGGGCCAGAUGUAUACAAAAUGGUGUCGUCUGCGUAGAGGUAGAUCUGAGAGUCACCAGCAGCAAGAGCGACAUCAUUGAUAUACACAGAGAAUAGAGUCGGCCUGAGAAUUGAACCCUGUGGCACCCCCAUAGAGACUGCCAGAGGUCCAGACAACAGGCCCUCCGAUUUGACACAUUGAACUCUAUCUGAGAAGUAGUUGGUGAACCAGGCGAGGCAGUCAUUUGUGAAACCAAGGCUAUUUAGUCUGCCAAUAAGAAUGCGGUGAUUGACAGAGUCAAAAGCCUUGGCCAGGUCGAUGAAGACGGCUGCACAGUACUGUCUUUUAUCGAUCGCUGUUAUUAUAUAGUUUAGGACCUUGAGCGUGGCUGAGGUGCACCCAUGACCAGAUCGGAAACCAGAUUGCAUAGCGGAGAAGGUACGGUGGGAUUCGAAAUGGUCGGUGAUCUGUUUGUUAACUUGGCUUUCAAAUACUUUCGAAAGGCAGAGCAGGAUGGAUAUAGGUCUGUAACAGUUUGGAUCUAGAGUGUCACCCCCUUUGAAGAGGGGGAAGACCGCGGCAGCUUUCCAAUCUCUGGGGAUCUAAGACGAUAUGAAAGAGAGAUUGAACAGGCUAGUAAUAGGGUUUGCGACAAUUUCGGCGGCUAAUUUUAGAAAGAAAGGGUCCAGAUUGUCUAGCCCAGCUGAUUUGUAGGGGUCCAGAUGUUGCAGCUCUUUCAGAACAUCAGCUAUCUGAAUUUGGGUGAAGGAGAAGCGGGGGGGGGGGGGGGGGGGGCUGUUCGAAAAAGCUAACCUUUGCUUUCCUAAUUGAUUGUGUAUAUUGGUUCCUGACUUCCCUGAAAAGUUGCAUAUCGUGGGGGCUGUUCGAUGCUAAUGCAGUACGCCACAGGAUGUUUUUGUGCUGGUCAAGGGCAGUCAAGUCUGGGGUGAACCAGGGGCUAUAUAUAUGUUCUUAGUUCUGCAUUUUUUGAAUGGGGCAUGCUUAUUUAAGAUGCAGAGGAAAGCACUUUUAAAGAACAUCCAGGCAUCCUCCUCUGACAGAAUGAGGUCAAUAUCCAUCCAGGAUACCCGGGCCAGGUCAAUUAGAAAGGCCUGCUUGCUGAAGUGUUUUAGGGAGCGUUUGACAGUGAUGAGGGAUGGUCGUUUGACCGCGAACCCAUUACGGAUGCAGGCAAUGAGGCAGUGAUCGCUGAGAUCCUGGUUGUAGACAGCGGAGGUGUAUUUAGAGGGUAAAUUAGUCAGGAUGAUAUCUAUGAGGGUGCCCAUGUUUACGGAUUUAGGGUUGUACCUGGUAGGUUCCUUGAUAAUUUGUGUGAGAUUGAGGGCAUCUAGUUUAGAUUGUAGGACUGCUGGGGUGUUAAGCAUAUCCCAGUUUAGGUCACCAAGCAGUACGAACUCUGAGGAUAGAUGGGGGGCAAGCAAUUCACAUAUGGUGUCCAGGGCACAACUGGGGGCUGAGGGGGUUCUGUAGCAAGCGGCAACAGUGAGAGACUUAUUUCUGGAAAGGUGGAUUUUUAGAAGUAGAAUCUCAAACUGUUUGGGCACAGACCUGGAUAGUAUGAUAGAGCUCUGCAGGCUAUCUCUACAGUAGAUUGCACCUCUGCCCCCUUUGGCAGUUCUAUCUAGACGGAAAAUGUUGUAGUUCGGGAUGGACAUUUCUGAAUUUUUGGUGGCCUUCCUAAGCCAGGAUUCAGACACUGCUAGAACAUCAGGGUUGGCAGAGUGUGCUAACGCAGUGAAUAACUAAAACUUAGGGAGGAGACUUCUGGUGUUAACAUGCAAGAAACCAAAGCUUUUAUGGUUACAGAAGUCAACAAAUGAUAGCGCCUGGGGAGUAGGAGUGAUAAUGGGGGCUACAGGGGUUAACCUCUACAUCACCAGAGGAACAGAGGAGGAAUAGAAUAAGGAUACGGCUAAAGGCUUUAAGAACUGGUCUUCUAGUGCGUUGGGUACAGAGAAUAAAAGGGGCAGAUUUCCGGGCGUUGUAGAAUAUUCAGGGCAUUAUGUACAGACAAGGAUAUGGAAGGAUAUGAGUACAGUGGAGGUAAACCUAAGCAUUGGGUAACGAUGAAAGAGAUAGCAUCACUGGAGGCACCGAUUGAGCCGGUCUCCGCGUGUAUGGGGGGUGGGACAAAGUAGUUAUCUGAGGCAGGUUGAGCGGGACUGGGGGCUCUACAGUGAAAUAGUACAAUAAGAACUAACCCAAACAGCAAUAGGCAAGGCAUAUUGACAUGGGAGAGAGGCAUAACGCAAUCACAGGUGUUAUUCGAGAGGGCUAAGACAACAACUGGUAAUGGCGACGGAAGUUUGGGCUGAGGCUAAACAGGAUGGGGUACCGUGUAAAGGAACAUCCAGCAGGCAUCAGCUGUGUAGCUGAGUGAUCAUAAGGUCCAGUGAACAGCAAUAGGUGAGUCCGGGAGCAGUUCGGUGGCUGCUACAGCACAGGCGAGCAGGAGGCACGGCUGUUUGAUUGCGUGUGCUAGCGGGCUGGGGCUAGCAGAUGGAUCUUCGUGGUCGUCGCAACGGGAAGCCUGUUGAAACCACAUCAGACAAUUUACGUCGGCAGACCAGUCGUGAUGGAUCGGCAGGGCUCCGUGUCAACACUAGGAGGUCCUGUCCGGUUGACAGAGAGGUAGAUGGGCCUGGCUCAAGGCUAGCUCAAGGCUAACUGGUGCACGCUUCGGACAUUACAUUUUAGUCAUUUAGCAGACGCUCUUAUCCAGAGCGACUUACAGUUAGUGAGUGCAAACGCCAUGCUCUACCGACUAAGCUACAUCCCUGCCAGCCAUUCCCUACCCUACCCUGGACAACGCUGGGCCAAUUGUGCGCCACCCCAUGGGUCUCCCGGUCGCGGCCGACUACGACAGAGCCUGGAUUCGAACCAGGAUCUCUAGUGGCACAGCUAGCACUGCGAUGCAGAGCCUUAGACCACUGCGCCACUCGGGAGGACAUGGGUGAUUUAGCCAAGAACAACAACAGCCAUUCGGUUGCAGCUAGCUAGUUGCGAUGAUCCGGUGUUAAGGUCCAGUGAUUCAGUGAUUCCGGCAGAAAAUCCGAUAUGCUCUGGGUCAAUAGCACGCUGUGCAGACUGGCCGAUAAUUGUCCAGGCUAGAGCUGGCUGGUAGGUAGUGCAGGCCACGGACAAUGGUGAAGACCGCUAACGGUGGCUAAUAGCAAGUAGCUGGCUAGCUGGCUAGUUUCAGCCAGAGGUUCUUGAUAAAAGGUAUAAAGAAAUAAUAGAAUCCGUUCCACAUUGGGUGAGGCGGGUUGCAGGAAAGUAUAUUUAGUUAAAGGAUGGAAAAGUGAGAUAGAGAAAUAUAUAUGAAGAAAUACAAAAAAACUGGCUAUUUACACGAGGACACAACAGAAUACACGACCGCACUGCUACGCCAUCUUGGAAGCAAAGUUAUCAGGACAAACUAACUAUCUAGCUAGUGCAGUUUAUUUACCUUUAUUUAAUCAAGGAAGUCCUAUUGAGACUGUCUAUUUUACAAAUGAGCCCUGCACAAUACAAAAAUAAGCACAUACAACAGGUAAGUUUAGAUAAAAAUAAAUAUAGACAAUAUACACAUUAAGAACAUGUUUAAGAUACAAAACACAGUCAAUUAAAACAAACACAUAGUUCAUUAUAAAAAUCCUGUCAGCUGUCUGAAUUGCCCUAGGGACUUUAAAGCUGAUGUUGACAUUGAUGACACAGUAUACUGCUUUUCUAUCUUAUUAUGCUCUCUUAUUCUUCCUUUGCAAAGGUUAUGAUUCAAAUCCUCAAAGACAUGGGGAUAACAGAGUAUGAGCCCAGAGUGAUUAAUCAAAUGCUGGAAUUUACCUACAGUAAGUAAACGUUCAAUUCUCUCUUGUUAGUUAUGCUCUGUGUGCAAUAUUGCAUAUUAGUAGCUACAAGACACAAAUGUUAAUGUACCAAGACAAUAGUGCUGAGGGAUUAGGCUUUUUUUAAAUUCUUAUUUUUUUACAUGGAUUUCGGUGUUGAUAGUUUUUUACACACUAAAUGCACUAUGCAUUAUGUGGGUUGAAUUCUGUAAUGACACAGAAUAAAACAAUUAGUAAAAGUCCCAUGAUGGUAGUGAUGCCCAUUACUGCUUAUCACUUAUUAACAAUCAUUUAUUCACAUUAGUUUACUUUAAUAAAAUAUUUCAGUUGUGUGUAUUACAUUUGUUUUAGGCCUAUUUGAUGACUAUUAUUUCAUCAUCUCAUCUCUAUAGAGCUGCUGCCUAUGCUGUCUGACAGUCACUUUUAGUAGUUCUUGAAAGUAAAUACGGCAUACUUUUAUGACUGCUGAAUACCAACUAUUAAUCUUAUAACAUGUAUUUUCAGGUAGAGAAGAUACCUCACGAACCGAGUGCUCUAUCCCUCUAGAUCACUUGUUUUUCCUCUCUUCUCUCUGUCUCAGACCAGACAAGUAGGCGCGCAAUGGAUUAUGGUCAUUGUAGUUCAUUACCACAGCUUCAGCCCUAAACUAUUUAUAAUAUUGGCCUGUUGGAAACUACAACUCCGUACUACAUCGCACAGAUCGGGCUUGAUCUGAUUUAUCUCUAUAAAACUGCACGUUGCACUCACAGAAAAAAAACGAACUAAUACGUUUUUCAAACCCCAAAAAUAACCGAAAUGUCGGUUAAUCACUGAGCACUACAAGAAAAUUAAGUCAUUUAAUCUAAUUUAAUUUUACAGGAUAUGUGACAACCAUUAUCGAGGAUGCCAAAAUCUAUGCAACACAUGCCAAGAAGAACAAUGUGGAUGCUGACGACAUAAGACUGGCGAUCCAGAGUCGAAUGGACCAGUCCUUCACCUCCCCACCACCACGAGAUGUAAGAUUGAGUAGCAAUGCCAAGACCGACAUCAUUAUUUCCCUAUUCAGGUGUUCAGAAAAUUAUCAAUACUAACUCCUGACUAUGUUGAGUUUGUGUAGUUCCUGCUGGAGGUAGCUAGGCAGAAGAACCAGACCCCUCUGCCUUUGAUUAAGCCAUACACUGGGCCCCGCCUGCCCCCAGACCGUUACUGUCUGACUGCUCCUAACUACAGGCUCAAAUCCAUACAGAAAAAGGUAACCAAUGAUCUGCAGAUUUUACUGCACUUGCAAUUCAUCUUUAUUGUAUUCUAUUCCAUUCUGUUCUCUUUUGUGACUCUUUCUGACUGUUCCUCUCCUGUGCAGAUGUCCUUAUCUGCUGGGAGAAUAACAGUGCCUCGUCUCAGUGUAGGAGCUGUAUCCAGCAGGUCCAGCACGCCUACCUUUGGUGAGGGACCAUUUAGUGCAAUCUUAACUUUUCACUCAUACCUCUUCAUUGUAUUACAUGCUUUUCUAAUACAUUGCCCCAAACACGUACAUUUGACAUUGGGAUGUGGGUUUGCCUUCUAGUGUGCAGCCCUGUUGCUACCAUAUCUGAUGUAUUUUCUGUUUCAUUACAAAAACAUUGACUCCUUUCUUCCAGGCACUCCCUCAGUGCAAUCAGUCACGACCAAAGUGGGGACGCCAAUGUCUCUGUCGGGGCAGCGCUUCACCGUUCAGAUCCCAUCCUCACAGACUGCAGCCUCCAAGUCCUGUAAGAGACUAUACUUAAUUUCUACUGGUUUCAGACGGCUGGUGAACGAGUCUGUAGUUCUAUUAAGUUUACACUAUGUACACUAAACAAAAACAUCAAUUCAACAUGCAACAAUUUCAAAGAUUUUACUGAGUUACAAUUCAUAUAAGGAAAUCAGUUAAUUGAAAUAAAUUAAUUUGGCCCAAAUCUAUGGAUUUGUAGGGGAGGGGAUCAGAAAACCAGUCAGUAUCUGGUGUGACCACCAUUUGCCUCAUGCAGCGUGACACAUCUCAUUUGCAUAGAGUUGAUCAGGCUGUUGAUUGUGGCCUGUGGAAUGUUGUCCCACUUCUCUUCAAUGGCUGUGCAAAGUUGCUGGAUAUUGGCGGGAACUGGAACAUGCUGUCGAUCCAGAGCAUCCCAAACAUGCUCAAUGGGUGACAUGUCUGGUGUGUAUGCAGGCCAUGGAAGAACUGGGACAUUUUCAGAUUCCAGGAAUUGUGUACAGGUCCUUGCGACAUGGGGCCAUACAUUAUCAUGCUGAAACAUUAGGUGAUGGCGGCGAAUGAAUGGCACGACAAUGGGCCUCAGGAUCUCGUCAUGGUAUGUCUGUGCAUUCAAAUUGCCAUCGAUAAAAUGCAAUUGUGUUCGUUGUCCGUAGCUUAUGCCAUACCAUAACCCCACCGCCACCAUGGGGCACCCUGUUCACAAUGUUGAAAUCAGCAAAACCGCUCGCCCACACGACGCCAAACACGCUGUCUGCCAUAUGCCCGCUACAGGUGAAACCGGGAUUCAUCCAUACACUUCUCCAGCGUGCCAUUGAAGGUGAGCAUUUGCCCACUGAAGUUGGUUAUGACGCCGAACUGCAGUCAGGUCAAGACCCUGGUGAGGACAAAGAGCACGCAGAUGAGCUUCCCUGAGGAAGUUUCUGACAGUUUGUGCAGACAUUUUUCAGUUGUGCAAACCCAGUUUCAUCAGCUGUCCGGGUGGCUGGUCUCAGAAGAUCCUGCAGGUGAAGACACCGGAUGUGGAGGUCCUGGGCUGGCGUGGUUACAUGUGAUCUGCAGUUGUGAGGCAGGUUGGACGUACUGCCAAAUUCUCUGAAAUGUAUGGUAGAGAAAUGUACAUUAAAUUCUCUGGCAACAGCUCUGGUGGACAUUCCUGCAGUCAGCAUGCUAAUUGCACGCUCCCUCAACUUGAGACAUCUGUGGCAUUGUGUUGUGUGACAAAACUGCACAUUUUAGUGGCCUUUUAUUGUCCCCAGCACAAGGUGCACCUGUGUAAUGAUCAUGCUGUUUAAUCAGCUUCUUGAUAUGCCACACCUGUCAGGUGGAUGGAUUAUCUUGGCAACGGAGAAAUGCUCACUAACCGGGAUGUAGACAAAGUUGUGCACAAAAUGAGAGAAAUAAGCUUGUUGUGCGUAUGGGACAUUUCUGGGAUCUUUUAUUGCAGCUCAUUAAACAUGGGACCAACACUUUAAAUGUUGCUUUUUACAUUUUUGUUCAGUGUAUUUACAGUGCCUUCAGAAAGUAUUCACACCCCUUGACUUUUUCCACAUUUUGUUGUUACAGCCUGAAUUUAAAGAGAUGUGUCUUACACACUACCCCAUAAUGUCCAAGUGGAAUUAUGUUUUUGGAAAUUUUUACAAAUUAAUUAAAAAUGAAAAGCUGAAAUGUCUUGUCAAUAAGUAUUCAACCCAUUUGUUAUGGCAAGCCUAAAGUUCAGGAGUGUAAAUUUGCUUAAGUCAUAUAAGUUGCAUGGACUGAUUUUUGAAUGACUACCUCGUCUCUUAACCCCACACAUACAAUUAUCUGUAAUGUCCUUCAGUUGAGCAGUGAAUGUCAAACACAGAUUCAACCACAAAGACCAGGGAGGUUUUCCAAUGCCUCGCAAAGAAGGGCACCUAUUGGUAGAUGGGCAAAAUUUUAAAAGCAGACAUUGAAUAUCCCUUUGAGCAUGAUAGAGUUAAUUACACUUUCGAUGGUGUAUCAAUACACCCAGUCACUACAAAGAUACAGAGAGGAAGGAAACCACUCAGGGAUUUCACUGUGAGGCCAAUGUUGAUUUUAAAACAGUUACAGAGUUUAAUGGCUUUGAUAGGAGAACCGAUGAUGGAUCAAGAACAUUGUAGUUACUCCACAAUACUAACCUAAAUGACAGAGUGAAAAGGAAGCCUGUACAGAAUAAAAAUAUAUUACAAAACAUGCAUCCUGUUUGCAAUAAGGCACUAAAGUAAAACUGCUAAAAAUGUGGCAAAGAAAUGUACUUUAUGUCCUGAAUACAAAGUGUUAUGUUUGGGGCAAAUCCAACAGAUCAAGGAGUACCACUCUUCAUAUUUUCAAGCAUGGUGGUGGCUGCAUCAUGUUAAACGUAUGCUUGUCAUUGGCAAAGACUAGGGAGUUUUUUUUAGGAUAAAAAGAAACAGAACCUGGUUGUCUGCUUUCCAACAGACACUGGGAGACAAAUUCACCUUUCAGCAGGACGAUAACCUAAAACACAAGGCCAAAUCUACCCUGGAGUUGCUUACCAAGAUGACAUUGAAUGUUCAUGAGUGGCUUAGUUACAGUUGCAGAUAUUGUACAAUCCAGGUGUGCAAAGCGCUUAGAUUUGCCCAGAAAGACUCAAAGCUGUAAUCGCUACUAAAGGUGAAUUUUUUUAAAUGUUUUCGUGGGAUCCAAUUGGUAGUUAGUCUUGUCCCAUCGCUGCAACUCCCGUACGGACUCGGGAGAGGCGAAGGUCGAGAGCUGUGUGUCCUCCGAAACACAACCCAACCAAGCCGCACUGCUUCUUGACACAAUGCCCGCUUAACCCGGAAGCCAGCCGCACCAAUGUGUCGGAGGAAACGCCGUACACCUGGCGACCGUGUCAGCGUGCACUGCGCCCAGCCCGCCAUAGGAGUCGCUAGUGCGCGAUGGGACAAGAACAUCCCUGCCGGCCAAACCCUCCCCUAACCUGGACGACGCUGGGACAAUUUGUGGGCCGCCCCAUGGUUCUCCCGGUUGCGGCCGGCUGCUACAGAACCUGGACUCGAACCAGGAUCUCUAGUGGCACAGCUAGCACUGCGAUGCAGUGCCUUAGAUAUUAAAGGUGAUUCUAACAUGUAUUGAUUCAGGGGUGUGAAUACUUACGUAAAUGAGAUUUCUGUAUUUCAUUUUCAAUAAAUUUGCUAAAAUUUCUAAACAUGUUUUGACUUUUUAAUGAUGGGGUAUUGUGUGUAGAUGUGUGACCAAAAAACAUCUAUUUAAUCAAAUUUGAAUUUGGGCUGUAACACAACAAAAUGUGGAAAAAUUCAAGGGGUAUGAAUACUUUCUGAAUGCACUGUACAUCAUUAGAGUAAUUCAGGUCUCUCGGAAGCUUCAAUUCAGUAGUUUGUGGGGAUUGUCUUAGCAUUUAUUCAGUGAAUAAAAUGUGAAUUCAAAAUGUUCAUAGUAAAUCAUGUCUUUGUUUUCCAACAGCCACACCAUCCACCCCAACGGUUCAAAACGUCCUCAUCAAUCCCUCCCUGAUCGGCUCCAAGAACAUCCUCAUCACCACCAACAUGGUGUCACAGAACUCGGCCAGCGAAUCGCUGAAGAGGAAGCACGAAGACGACGACGACUAUGAUGCAUUAUGACCUCAUGGAUAAGAAGAUAACGCAGGGAAGAGUAGGCUAGAUGAAAGCAAGAGUGUGCUGUAAAUAUUGUAGAAGGUAGUUGUGGGGUUAGCCAGACAGUUUACAAUUCCCCCAUCACAUUGUGUAAAAUGAGUAACUGUAGUGUCAUGUCAUGCCUGUUUGCCACUAAUUUUUGUACAUACAAAUAAAAAAGAUCUUUGUG